AUGACGCGACUACCUCAGUCCAGCCAGUUUGAUUACAUCGUUGUCGGUGGAGGGAUCGGGGGCAUGGUGGUAGCAUCUCGCCUAAGCGAGGACCCUACAACAACCGUCCUCCUUAUCGAGGCCGGCCCCGAUCGAACAGGGGACCCUCGCAUUGAGACACCGGGCCUAGUAACCACAUUAUUUGGUGACUCGGUCGUCGACUGGGACUUCCUAAGUGAACCACAGGCCCAUGUCAAAGAUCGACAAAUCCCUCAGCCUCGAGGACGAGUUCUGGGAGGCUCAUCCGCCCUCAACUUCUCGGUGGUUGUGUACCCAUCUCGGCAAGACUGGGCGGCAUGGUCUGCCCUAGGAAACGAAGGCUGGAGUGCAGAGCACAUGGCGCCUUAUAUGCGAAAGUUUCAAACCUACAAGGAGCCAGCCACCUCUACUGUGGACCUCCUGGGCCUGGAUCAUGACGCCGACCCCAGCAAGUACGGUUCUCAGGGACCCGUCCCCAUCGGACACCCAGCAGUCUAUGGGCCCUUCAACAAAGCUUGGAAUCAAGCAUUUGAAGAACUUGGCUGGCAGGAUAAAAAUGACCCUAUUUCCGGGAAUAAAUCGGGUUCCUUCACGUGCCAAUUAUCUGUUGAUCCAACCACCGGUGUACGAGGAUAUGCGACCUCCUAUCGCCCGGCAGAAAGACCCAAUUUGAUCGUAUGGACUGAGGCACGCGCUGAGAAGAUUCACCUCACGAAAAACAACAGAAACGAAUUAUUGGCGACUGGGGUGCAGAUUUCGGAUCAUCUGGGAGUCCAGCGCACCGCAACCGCCAGACGUGAGAUCGUUCUCUCUGCCGGCAGUAUACACUCUCCACAGCUGCUGGAGCUCUCGGGGAUUGGAGAUGCGCAGCGGUUACGGCAAUUUGAUAUCCCUGUCAUGCUCGACCUGCCUGGGGUUGGUGAGAACCUACAAGACCACUGUAUCAGUUCCAUCAGCUACAAAGUUGCUAAAGGUCAGAUUUCUACAGAUGCCAUGCGCGAUCCGCAUUUAGCACAGGACUUUCUGAACCUUUACGAGAAAACCAGGUCAGGUCCUCUAGCGGGACUUCCGAUCAGUGUUGCAUUUCUCCCACCAGUAAACGAUCAAGGCAAAGUCCCGAUGGAUGAGAUGCGUAGCCUUGUGGAGGCAUAUUUGCCUGAUAGCCAGAAUCAGCAUCAGACCGGCAGACAGAAACAAACCCAAAUCAAUCGUCAAAUGCUCCUUGACAACCAAGAAUCAACUAUUCAAUAUAUCCUUCUUCCAUUCCAGAUGGCCACCAAGCCCGGGCUGAUGACCAUGGCAGAUAUAUUUGAGCACGAAACUGAGGAUAAUUACAUCAGCAUCGUUGCGAUGCUCAGCCAUCCGUUUUCUCGCGGUUCAGUCCACAUUAAGUCAGGGGACGUCAGGGACAAGCCGACUUUUGACCCCAACUACCUCGAACACCCGAUGGAUCUGGAACUGCUUGCUCGACAUACACAAUACAUUGAGAGGAUCGUUCACACGGAGCCGUUUCAGAUGGUAGUGCAGCCCCAAUGCUGUCUUCCCGAGUCCAGCGCAGCGGAUCUCACAGACUUAGAGUCGGCCAAACAAGUAGUGCAGGAUCGGUUACUCUCUUGCUUCCACCCAGUGGGAACUUGUGCUAUGAUGCCACUUGACAUGGGAGGCGUUGUAGAUGACCAACUGAGGGUGCAUGGUACGCGCAAUCUGCGGGUCGUCGACGCAAGUAUCUUUCCACUGGAGCCGCAGGGAAACAUACAAGCGACUCUGUAUGCAGUCGCAGAGAGGGCCGCGGAUCUCAUCAAGCAGAACUGCAGCGAAUGA